UCAGGACCUUUGAUAUUUAGGAAAAUUAUGUUUAAUUCCACUGACAUCAAGUUUUCUGUUAAAUCAUUCAAAUGUCACGAGCCUAUGAAGUUUACCAUAGAGUGGUAUUUGAAGCAUUAUACCUGUCAAGAUGAAUAUGCUAAGCUGGAUGAGCAGUCACAAAAGCCUGAAAGUAUUGACGAAGACUUUUGUGGUAAUUAUUUCAAGAACAUUGAAUGUUGGACAACAAAAAAUGAAAACAUAGAUUGCAACAGUGACUUACAGGUGUUUCCCUCAUUAUAUAAUAAAGAACUAAUUUCAAAUAUUGGAAAUGUUUCAAACCAGGAGGAACAAAUGGAUGUUGUUGCAAGAACACAUAGAGAUGGGUUUCACAUCCUUAUUGUUUCUAUUAAAACUGGAAAACCUAAUGCAAAAUGGAAUUUGAAUGUUUCUCUUUCUAUGAUGGGGCCGAAAGGAUAUCUCUCUGCAUCAGAUUGGCCUCUCAUGAUUUUUUACAUGGUGAUGUGCAUUGUCUACAUUUUAUGUGGCUUGCUCUGGCUGAUGUGGUCUGCUUGUUAUUGGAAAGAUAUAUUAAGAAUUCAGUUCUGGAUUGCAGCUGUCAUAUUCCUGGGAAUGCUUGAAAAAGCAGUGUUUUAUGCUGAAUACCAAAACAUCAACAGCACUGGGCUAUCAACCCAAAGUUUGCUGAUAUUUGCGGAGUUGAUAUCUGCGAUCAAGAGGACACUGGCCCGCCUCCUGGUGAUCAUCAUGAGCUUGGGAUACGGCAUCGUGAAGCCUCGCUUAGGGACAGUCAUGCACCGGGUAAUUGGACUGGGGCUUCUCUACUUCAUCUUUGCAGCAGUCGAAGGCGUGAUGAGAGUUGUUGGGGCCAGUGACUCUGAUCUUGUGCUUCUGGCCAGCCUCCCUCUGUCUCUUCUUGACUCUGGCUUGUGCUGGUGGAUUUUUAUAAGUGUGGCACAAACUAUGAAGACCCUGAGGCUAAGAAAGAACAUGGUGAAAUUUUCUUUAUACAGGCACUUUACCAAUACGCUGAUCUUUGCUGUGCUGGCUUCUGUCGUGUUUAUGGUGUGGACAACUACAACAUUUAGAUUUGCAAAAUGUCGAUCAGAUUGGAUGGAAAGCUGGGUUGAUGAAGCGUUUUGGAGCUUCCUUUUUUCACUUAUCCUUAUGGUAAUAAUGUUUUUGUGGAGACCAUCAGCCAAUAAUCAAAGGUAUGCCUUCAUGCCCUUAAUAGAUGAUUCUGAUGAUGAAGUUGAAGAAUUCAUGGUAACAUCUGAAAAUUUAACUGAAGGAAUAAAAUUAAGGACCUCAAAAACGGUUUCCAAUGGAACAGCUAAACCAUCUACUUCUGAUAAUUUUGAUGAAGAUUUGAAGUGGGUGGAAGAAAAUAUUCCCUCUUCAUUCACAGACGUAGCUCUUCCGGUAUUGGUAGAUUCAGAUGAGGAAAUUAUGACCAGAUCUGAAAUGGCAGAAAAAAUGUUCUCUUCAGAAAAGAUAAUGUGAAACCUAUUUAACGACUCCCAGGACUAAAAGAGGUCACACAACACAUGUUUAUGGCCUCAUCUUGGAAAUCUAUGUGUUCAAAUUAAGAAUUCAGUGGGUGGAUGGGUUCUGUACCCUUUUUAAGCUGGCUCUUGAAUGUCAGUUUAAUGCCCAUUAAAUUGCCCUACUUGGAAAUAAUCUUUAAAAAGUAUUUUGAUAAAACAUAUGCCCAAAAGCCCUAAGCUGAUGGGUGGCAGAUGUGUGGAUUGGGUUGUCUCUUUUUUCUGGAAAAUAUGGCAGUUCCAGAUUAAGCAUUAUUUUUACAUAAACACUCCUACUAUUCUCCCACUGACCUUUGCGGCAAAUAAAGCAGGUCAAACACUGCCUCCAUCUCUGGGGUUUAUAGUCACUAGAUGCCAUAGUAAUUUCCUUUGACUUUUAUACUGAAGUAACUUGAUAAUAAGAAAAUGGUUAACAUUGGGAUAUCGGAUACCUCUGUGGCUGGGAGCUGUGUGUGUGAGGGUGCGCACGUUUGCACAAGCCCUGUUUGUCAUUAUCACUGUGCACAUCACAUCCUGGACGUCUUCACUCUCUGAGCUCAGUGGACACAAUACAUGGAGAGAGUGGUCCUGAGGGUCACUUCCAAAGAUUGGCUCUGCCACUGUCCCCGCACUCGGGCUGUACAUGCAUGUGCUGCUGCUGAACCUGCUGGGGCAGGAAGUGGACACCUGGCUGCGUGGCUCCCCCAGAGCACGUCCUCCCUUCCAGCUGGGUGUCCCUGGAGGAAACUAGAACCUUAUCUUGUCUGUGAUCUUGCACAGUACUUCACGGUACAGUACAUCACGGUUAGUCUUGUAAUUAAUGUCUUAACCUUCAACCAUGUUUUAUUCGUUAUUUUAUUAUGUGUAACUUGAAAAUUUUUGUUCUCAUUUUUCUAAUGCAGAACAUUCUAAAUCUGAAAGGCAAUUGGAAGUUGUCUGAUGGAAGUGUGGAUAUUUGCUGCUUUCAUGAUCAAAGCUGCAGGGCUAGUAGACAUUUAGAGUAGGACUUAAAGCUAGAAUCAGGCAUGUCUUUCUUGUGAGUGAAGAAUGAUCCCAGAGAUUUUGAUUGAGAAGCUUUACAGCACAAACACUUAUUUAAUCUUUCUUUUUAAUUUCAUUGUGAAGCCACAAAACAAACUUUUUUCUUUGGAAUUUACUUCUCAUUUACCCAUUUCACAGGGGCUAGUAAAAGAGAUUCAUUUCCACUAGUAAUGUCUCUUGAAAGAUACUUUCAACUUUGUUUUCAGUAGUGAAUAUCACACAGUGUUGUGCUGAGCAGGAUGUGGUGGUCAAGGUGCCCUCCCUUUGGGACGUCCUUCCCAGGAGAGUGCCCGGUUUCAGUGUGGGUUCCAUUCCUCUCUCAGUGUCUGCCACAGUCGUGGGCACCCACCUGUACAUUUUGCAGCAUUCAUGUCCUUCCCGGGGGUGUAUUUCACCCUUACCCCAAGUUGUUUGAGACCCAGAGGUGACCACUGUCCUCUUGUCCCUAAAAUUUUGCCUAAUGCCACUGCCCAGAUUUCGAGUCAGGUUCAUUCCCAACUCAUACGGUUGUAGCUGAAUUCUGAAUGCAGAAUCCUGGGCGGCCAGCCAGUGGGGUGGGAGUGGGAACAAUGGCCAGUGUGAGACAGGAAACUGCCUCUGACGUAACCUCAAUAGUGUUUAUAAAAACCCUGUGCUCUGUAGCUGGAAAAAUAAAUGUUGGACCCUGGGUGGCUUAGCCUGAGGCUGAAAUGCAGGCUCUCCUCAUUACCCAGAGGAAGUAGGUUCCCUCCUGAUGGCCCGUCAGAAAUACUCUUUUCAAAGGCAUCCAUUGUGCCUGUCGCUGUCAGUGAUCAUUGUGUCCUUGGUUGAUACCUUGUGUUCUGAAUAGAGGAUUCCUGUGGAGCGCCUUCUGAACCCCCUCAUGUGAACAGGAGGGGGCGCCCUAGGGCUGAGUAGUUCAUACCGAGGACCUGGGGAGAAGUGACACCCAUGGCCACCAUGCAGCUGUCAUCCUGCUUCUGCAUGAAGGUUCCAGAAACUCGCCAUCCCAGUCAGACUAAUUUCUUAGGAUGCCGUCAAGAUGGGUCUUCCUAUUAAUGAAGGGAUCUGAGGGCCAGAGUCCACUUUUAUGUUUUUCUAGGCAAGAUGCUUAGAAAAGCAUUUGCGAUCCAUGUUAGAUGUAUCUGCUGUGUAAAAUUACUUAAAAGGGAAUUUUUGUGAUUGAGUUCAUUGGUAGCUGCUUUAAAAGAUAAGUUAAUUUAUUUCAAAAAUAAGAAAAAAUAGAUGAGUAUGUGAAUUUUUAAGGCUGAGAGGUAAUGUUUCCAUACUUUUCCUGUGAAGAAAAUAAUUUUUUAAAUCUUUCAUGUCCUGUAGAGAAUAUCGACUUGCCCCCUGUAAUAUGGCAAAUUAUGUUUGCACUACUAGAAUAUUGAGACUGAAGUGUAAAAAAAAUGUACAUACAAGGUGAUUUUUAUAUCCUUUUCUAAAAAGGGGUUUGCAUCUACUGUGCUAGGCUGCACAUGACUGUUCUAAAGUUGAGAUGUGCUAGUUUAUAAGUCACUGGUUUUGGUACUUGUGUCUUUGCAUGAUCAACAGCAUGCAAUAAACAGUACGAAACACCAGGCCUUAUACUGAUAAUAAAACUCCUCAGCACAUCAAAUGUAUAUAAGUGACAAAUGAGACUUUUAAGGAAGUGUACAUAUAACACAGGAGCUCACUAUACACUAAGAAGCUUCCUUAGAACUAGGAAAACAUGUAUUUGGGGAGAAAGGUUAGGGGCUUAAGAAGUUAUAUUUUUCUACUUUAAAUGGUUAAAUUAUUGUAUAAUUUGGAAAAAGUUGCUUUGAAUGUAGGACAAAACUAUUUCAAAGAUUUUUGUUUAAAAAAAGGGAUAUAUUUUGUGCCUUAAUAUUUGUUGUGACUUUUAAUAAAUUGCUUUCUGAA